AUGGUGGCAUAUGAACUAAUGCUCUCAAUGCAGAACAGAAGGAGAAAUCACAAAGAAGGAUUUAUGGCCCUCAAGCUAGAUAUGAGCAAGGCCUAUGAUAGGCUAGAGUGGUCUUUUGUGCAGCUUGUGCUUCAACGGAUGGGAUUUGUUACAGAAUGGAUUGAGCUGAUUAUGGAGUGUAUUGGCACUGUCUCUUAUUCAAUUCUACUAAAUGGAUCACCUCAAUCUCCCUUCAAGCCUUCUAGGGAUGAUAGCCUGGUAUUUUGUAAAGCAAAGUUGCAGGAAUGGGGCCGGCUACAUAACAUCCUCUCGUCUUAUGAAUUAGCUUCAGGUCAAAGGUUAAAUCUUGAGAAGUCUUCAAUCUAUUUUAGCAAGAACACAAGGCAAGAGAUCCAAAACUCCAUCCUGGCUACAACUGGUAUUAAAGCUUCGAGGCCUUUUGAAAAAUAUCUGGGAUUACCAUCUUACAUUGGCAAGAGUAAGUCAAGGGCUUUUCUUCCCAUUAUUGACAGAAUAAAAGCACAAAUGACCAAUUGGAAAACAAAUCUGCUUUCUCCAGCAGGUAAGGAAGUAUUGUUGAAAUCAGUCAUUCAAUCCAUACCCACAUAUUGCAUGGGCAUCUUUCUAAUCCCCAAGGGUAUCUUAAGGAACAUUAAUAAACUGAUGCAGUCAUUUUGGUGGGGGAUUAGAAACCAGAAUCCUAAAAUGCAUUGGUUAAGUUGGAAGGGCCUUGGAAAGCUUAAACAGGUUGGGGGUUUGGGAUUUCGUGACUUUGAAGACUUCAAUAGAGCUCUAUUAGCUAAGCAAGGGUGGAGGAUCAUCACCAAUCCUCAAUCUUUGGCCUCUCGAGUUCUAAAAGCCAAAUAUUUUCCCUUAAGUGAUUUUUCAUCAGCAAGAGUCAAAAGGAGUGACUCUUAUGUGUGGAAGAGUAUUACAGCAGCAAGACCGUUAUUAUAUGAGGGCCUUCUUUGGAAGAUUGGCAAUGGAAACACAGUGAAGAUUUGGUCAGAUCGAUGGUUGCCUAUCCCAACAACUUACAAGUCCCAGUCUCCUCCAAAGGUUCUCAACUCAGAAGCCACGGUCAGCUCUCUCAUCGACCAAGACACUCAUUCUUGA